CUAAAGUUGCUAAUCUGGUUCAAUUUUGCUGCAGUUGCGUUUGCUUCCCGUUUCUUGCCCGUUGCGGUGGUGAUGCAAGUGUAGAAAGUGCAAAUAAUUUCCGUUUCGCAGCCAGGACCAACCCCAGUCGUCGAAGGGGCGUCCGACAUUCGCCCGGUUCGAAUCCGAGGUGUCCGAGGGAGAGAAUAUUCACAAUCGACCCUGCCUCUCGCACAACCCCUCGGAAAAUCCGUUUCUGAAUUUAUAUGUAUUUUUGCCUUGGAAUAAUUGACGUGCAAAUUUCUUCUCUCCGUGCAAUAAUUUCUGUCGGAUUUUCGGAAGUGAUUUAAAUUCUGGAGUAAUUGGUGAAAAGGGUUGUACGGCCACUGUCGGGUGCAUUGCUAGUCGGCGACGAUGUCGGAAUAAAUGGCCAAAAUUAGAUAUUAAACCACAAAAUCGUAAAUCGAUAUCGUGAGCAGCGCGGACGGAACGUAGAGUGAAAUGUGGAAAUGAAUGAAGGGAAUCUGAGGGAAAACACUGUGGCAAGGAAGAACUAAUUACAGACUGUCUACUCAGCGACGACCCUGCUUCCGGGCGAGGAAACGAGAAUAGUGGGUUAUUAGCAGGCCUGCGAGUCAUCCGUGAUGGCGAUAAGGAGGAGGUCACGACGUGCCCGACUAUGGAAUAUGGGCUUUCUGUUUCUGAUAUAUUACUGCAUCACAGUAUAUUCAGCGAAGGUCACAACGCCAGCAACAGAAACAGAAGCAGAUGUCCUAGGCGCCAAGGAAGAAACAUCGACUAGUCCUACUAUUCUCCAAAAUGAAGGAAAAACCACAGAACCUGCAACUACAGGGAGUACAGAAACUUCUACGAAACCCACUGAAGAACGAGAAGUACCCUACGUUCAUCCUACAUGGCGACCGAAAAGACAGAAUUGUACACCUCCGGCGAUUGAGCAGUUUCCACGUCCUCUCAUGGGACCAUAUGCACGUCGGCAUGGUGGUCUAGUUAUUCAUGUAACUGUUGCAAUUUUCACAUUCCUGGGGUUGGCCAUAGUUUGCGAUGACUAUUUCGUAUCUAGUUUGGAUCGGAUUUGUGAAGAACUCAAAUUAUCUCCCGACGUUGCCGGAGCGACCUUCAUGGCUGCUGGUAGUUCAGCUCCCGAGCUAGCGACCGUGAUAAUUGGUGUCUUCUUUGCGAAAGAUGAUAUUGGCAUUAGUGGGGUCAUCGGAUCAGCGGUUUUUAACAUAAUGUUUGUUAUAUCAGUGUGCGCUUUGUGUUCAGGAACCGUUUGCCAAUUAAAUUGGUGGCCUUUGGUACGGGACUGUUUCUUCUACGCGUUAUCGAUUUUAGUCAUGCUAAUUAUCAUUUGCAAUGAUGUUAUCUCAUGGCCAGAAUCUGUAGUCAUGCUUGUCUUCUACGUAAUAUACUGCAUAACAUUACACUUUAACGCACCUCUAGAAAAAUGGGCACUUUCUCUCAAUCUUCCAAUCAAACUUCCUUCUAAAGAAGAACAAUCUGCUCUCGUUACUUAUAAAAAUAUUCCAGACAGCACUUACACCCAAGGACAAGACAGUCAGGCCGUUACAAGCCUCUCACAAGAUCCACAAGGGCAACAACAACAAACCGGACAACAAUAUGAUCAAACUAAUGAAUAUCAAGCAUAUAUCGAUCCAAACGCAAGUUGGGAUCCAAAUGCUGCCUGGGACGAUGCGCCAGCCAAUCCUGUACAAACGGCACCGGCUGCCGAUUCAUGGGGAAAUGAUUAUAGUGCGCAGAAUACUGGAUGGAAUCAGAGCCAAGGACAACAAAAUUACGGAUACAAUGCAGCGCAAGAAGAAAAAGCUAUCAGCCCAGCUGCUGAUCAACCCGACAACACUUCUCAAAAGCCACAAGUGGCUCCACAGUCAGCCCAACCGGGAUACUACAAGUCCAAAGAUCCAAAAGCGCAGGAGCCCACAAAUCCUCUUGAGAAACCUGUGGAUGGAGGUUUGCCAGCACAAAUUUCUUGGGCCGUAGUUUAUCCUAUUCACUACAUGUGCCGGUUAACUAUGCCGGAUUGCCGCACUGAGAAAUAUCGGAAUUGGUAUCCAUUCACCUUCCUGGUUUCGAUGAUUUGGAUAUCAUUCUAUUCAUAUUUUAUGGUGUGGAUGAUAACAAUCAUUGGGUCAACGCUCGGAAUUCCAGACACGGUGAUGGGCUUAACAUUUGUUGCAGCCGGUGUUUCAGUACCAGACGCUCUGAGUUCAAUUGCAGUAAUUAAAGAAGGCUAUGGUGAUAUGGCUGUAUCGAAUGCAGUCGGCUCAAAUGUCUUCGAUAUUCUAGUGUGUCUUGGCUUGCCAUGGUUUAUUCAGACGGCUAUUAUUGCACCUGGAUCUCAUGUUAAUGUUAUUUCUAAAGGCCUUGCUUACUCUACACUAUCACUUCUAUCAACUGUUAUCUUUCUUUUAUUAUCCACCCAUUUGAAUGGAUGGAAAUUAGAUAGACGAUUGGGAAUUAUACUAAUGCUAUGGUACUUGUUAUUCAUCACACUUGCAUCAUUGUACGAAUUAAAUGUAUUCGGACAGCUCAAUCCACCAGAGUGCUCAAGCUCAUAUUAAGUAAAAGAAAUGAAAAGGUUUCAACUGGCAUCAUCGUCCAUAGCAACACCGAACAGCAGCAGGUUUUAUCAUCACUGUCGUUGGAAAUCACCAUAAUCGUUUUUUAGUCAAUUUUGUUCAGCUUAAACAAAUUUUAUUUUAUAAGUACAUUCCGAAGGGAGUGCAGACAUCUACGUUAUAAUAUAGAAACAAAAAAUAAGCCCCACUGAAAAGUAACAUUCAUUUCCAUAAUAACGAACUUUAUUACCUAAUUUGUAAACAUUUUGUGAUAUUUUCGUUGUAAGAAUAAAUAAGUUAAGUUCAUCAUGUACACAGUUCAUCCAAGCAUCGCUUGAUAAUAGCAUUUGUUAAUAUUAUUAUAAAUAAUAUAAAAUGAUGUUAUGCAAACAUAUAAAGACACCCAUAAAUAUAAAAACACAUUGAAAAUGUAAAGUGAACAGCGAAGUAAUCUAAUAUUAUUAAAGUUAUAAGUAAGGACAAUGCUUUGGCAAAAGCAACAUCUUAUGAGUAUAUACAGACACAAAAAAGAAGGAAGAUGGAAAGUUAUUGAAAGUAGCAAGGAUAGUUAAAUAGUUAUAGUACGAUUGAAAAAUUAUUGAUAAACGUAAAAGCAUGGUGUAUUAUGAUUUUAACAAGCAAGACUUGGAGAAAAAGAAAAUAUUUUAGACUUCCUUGACGCCUCGGGGCGUUAUCACAAAUAUGAAGUAUUCUCGUUGCAAUUAUUUCUGGAGUGAUCAAAAGAAAACAAUAAAUCAUCAGAUUAGUUCAAUUAGUGAUUUUUAAAAAGAGUAAUUAUCGUUCAAUUAAUGCUUGAUAUUAUUGAAAAAAGAUAACAAGAAUUUUAUAUAGAUCAUAAACCGGUAUUUAUAUGUGAAAUAAGAUAAACAGUGUAGUUUGUAUAUUAUUAAUGUGUUAAUUACAAAAAGAAACAAGUAAAAAUGGAAUACAUGUGAGUGUAUUCCAGUUGACCUAACGUUCAAUUAUUGAGUAUCAAUUAUAUAUACACACGCAAUCAAUACAAUAAAAACUGCGAAUAAAUAUAUAUAAUGUGAAUUAAUAUAAAAGAUAACUAGUAAUGCUGUAGCUACAGGAACCAGGUGUAGAUUAGUUGGAUAAAAUUUUAAAUUAUGUAAUUUAUGGUAUUCUAACACUAAGAGCUGUUAAUUGUUUAGUCUAAUUGAAUUCGGGACAGAGUAAAAAGGAUCAUAAAAUAGCGCAUUGCAGAAAGUGAUCAUGGGAAACAAUAGAACUUGUUUCACUUACCCACAAUAUUCUGUUGUCCAUCAUGUUAAUAGUUUUACCGAGAAAUCGGUAGAAGUUGGAUAGUUACAUUACACAAGUAGAAAUAUCACGAAACGAAACACUGAACAAAUAGUCACAGCACAUAACCAAAUAAUGCCUACUAUAAACGUAAAUAAUAUACGAUAAAACUACAUACAUUAAAGAAGCAACCCCAAAGAAAAAAAACAAUUUUUUGUUGAUUAUGCAACCAAAAAAAUAAAAAGGAUAAAUCGUAAGUCUGCUUGGAAGAAACAAACAUCAACGACUAAUUAGUAACAAUUUCUACCUGACAAAAACAUUUAAAUAUUAGAAGAGAACAACCAAACCACAAGAAAAAUAACAUUCGAAGGUAAAUACUUUUAGUUUAGUAAAAGGAGAAAUGUAAGGAAGCCCCAAUGUUGAUGACAAUACCCUGAAUUAGUUAUGAGAAGAAAUUGAUUAUGUAUAAAUAAAAAGUUUAAGUUAUCAAUGUUCCACCUUAGUGACAAAUAGGAUUGAAUACGUUAUUAAAGAUAAAAUAGUUGCUAUAUAUUCGAUUUUAGUGAGAAAAGGUAGAGAACAUAUUUAUUUUUUUAACUCAUUUGUUCUACACAUUUCAUUUCGAACUGUUCGAAUUAGUUAAAUUAAGUAUAUCUAACUUGAAGCUAAAAACUAUAUAAAUUGCAUCUUAGUACUCGUAUCUUAGGCUCUAAACUUUAAACGAGAAAAAAAAAAUAAAUUUAUUUGAACAUGUUGAUUCGAUUCGAUUUUGCUGAAUAAAAGCAUAAACUAAAUUAAUAUAUUGUAAUUGAACCAGUAAAAAUAGAAGAUCAGAAUUUAUAACGAUUGAAAUAUAAUAAUUAUGAAUUGAAUAACAAAAAAUUAAAAAAAAAAAAUAUAAACAACUUCCAUAAAUGUUACUACUAUGAUUUCGGAAGCUAUACAACUUUUCCUUCCCACUUCUUCAACUUUAAAUAACAACAAAAGCAAAUCCUGUUUACAAUAAAUUAAAAUAAAAGUA